CCGGAUCUGGCAGGAAGAAGGGCCCGGCGGCCGGAGCGUGCUGAUUACAGCAACCUUGGCAGGCGUCCCGACCCGCACUGGGACACCACGGCCAGAAAGGCAGGUGUGAGGGCUGCUCCCGCCGACUCGGGCCGCACUCUCCAGCUCCGCGGUCGCCCUCUUUUGCCCCCAGGUGCCAUUGGUUCGGGGUGUCCCAAGGGCUUACUCCGGCAGACGCCAGGGCUGCAGGUUCGAGACGCUCCGCCUCCUCCCGCCACUUAGAUCCACCAGCACCAGGAAGAACCUUUCCGUUCGGUCUUAGUCUGUGGUCACUGCUGAGGUUUACGCAACUUUCCAAGCAAGGGCCAGCCAGGUSCUUUGCCUCCACCUCAAGCCGCGCCUGCCGCUCGCCUGCGACACCCCUACGCCUGGGAGGUCCCACUCUCCCCUCCCGGCACCGAAACCCCAACUUUUUGUACGCGAUCUCCUUCGCUUAACUGGGUGUCCUGCUAUUGUGCCAAAGAGCGCGCGCUUCUUCUCGAGGGCAGCAGUCUCCCAACCUCGCGGCUAAGCCCUUUUCCUCCCCGGAUCAAGUGUGGUGCUGGGUGAGCCCGGACCCGGGGUGCGUUUAAGCGCUCCCAGCGCUCAGCAUUCGCCCUUGCCUCAGAUCUGACCCUUGAGGAGUGAUUAAGCCCUCGAGGCCCAAGUUUCCUACUCCGAAACCCAAAUCCGCCCAGGCGUUUUCUCUCCAAACUCUUGUUCCUGGCGCGGAUUCACCCGGCGAGCUGCCCCGCUGAGUUUAAGAGAGCGCAGGGAGACGUCGCGCCGUCGGGUGCUCAGCGCAGCAUGGCUGGCUGCUGCUGUCUGUCUGCAGAGGAGAAGGAAUCGCAGCGCAUUAGCGCUGAGAUCGAGAGGCAGCUUCGCCGGGACAAGAAGGACGCGCGCCGCGAACUCAAGCUGCUGCUACUGGGAACUGGUGAAAGUGGGAAGAGUACCUUUAUCAAGCAAAUGAGAAUCAUCCAUGGGUCUGGAUACAGCGAUGAAGAUAGAAAGGGGUUCACGAAGCUGGUUUAUCAAAACAUCUUCACUGCCAUGCAAGCCAUGAUCAGGGCCAUGGACACCCUGCGGAUACAGUACGUGUGUGAGCAGAACAAGGAAAAUGCCCAGAUAAUCAAAGAAGUGGAAGUUGACAAGGUCUCAGUGCUCUGCAGGGACCAGGUGGAAGCCAUCAAGCAGCUCUGGCAGGAUCCAGGAAUCCAGGAGUGUUAUGACAGGAGGCGGGAGUACCAGCUGUCAGACUCUGCCAAAUAUUACCUGACUGACAUUGACCGAAUCGCCAUGCCAUCGUUUGUGCCAACACAGCAAGAUGUGCUUCGUGUCCGAGUGCCCACCACAGGCAUCAUUGAGUAUCCAUUYGACUUGGAAAACAUCAUUUUUCGGAUGGUGGAUGUUGGUGGCCAGCGAUCUGAACGACGGAAAUGGAUCCAUUGCUUCGAGAGUGUCACUUCCAUCAUUUUCUUGGUUGCUCUGAGUGAAUAUGACCAGGUCCUGGCUGAGUGUGACAAUGAGAAUCGCAUGGAAGAGAGCAAAGCCUUGUUUAAAACCAUCAUCACCUACCCCUGGUUUUUGAAUUCAUCUGUGAUUUUGUUUUUAAACAAGAAGGAUCUUUUGGAAGAGAAAAUCAUGUACUCUCAUCUAAUUAGCUAUUUCCCAGAAUACACAGGACCAAAGCAGGAUGUCAAAGCUGCCAGAGACUUUAUUCUGAAGCUUUAUCAAGACCAGAAUCCUGACAAAGAAAAAGUCAUCUAUUCCCACUUCACAUGUGCUACAGAUACAGAGAAUAUCCGUUUUGUGUUUGCUGCUGUCAAAGACACAAUUCUGCAACUAAAUCUAAGGGAAUUCAACUUAGUUUAAAAGCUACUGCCCAUUUCUUCCUCACAACAAAAGACAGGAUUUGCAGGCUCCUUCUGUUUAAUUUGCAAAUGCUUCUGGCAUCCCCUGGACCAAGACCCUGUGGCAGGCACCAAGAACAUUCUGUAGACAACAGGGACAGAGAUGGGUAAUAGAAUUUGGAAGGUGUUUGAGUUUAUCAAACCUCUCAAAAGAGUCUUUAUUCCCAGAUUGUUUUUGUAGUUCUUUUCUUGCCUCUUACAUUUUGUGUAAUUUUUGAAUUUGGUAUUUUAAAGAAUUUUAAA